UUGGGUUGUUAACUGAAAGCUCAUUGAAGGUUGACGGCCUGUUUAGAAUUACUCUCCACCCCUCCACACACAUUAUAUUGUCAGAUACCUCCCUGGUACAUCUCAAACCGAACAGCUACCUUGAUCCAUCACAAUGAAGGGGGACAUGGACAGCAUGGCUAAAAGGGAUCCUUCAAAUGGCCACAGCAGGCCUUUGGAUAUUGUCCCUCAUACAGAGGAAAAGAUGGAGGAGCGUGGUCAGUGGACAAAUAAGAUGGAGUUCAUCCUGUCAGUGGCUGGAGAAAUCAUUGGAUUGGGCAAUGUCUGGCGCUUCCCAUACCUGUGCUACAAGAAUGGAGGAGGUGCCUUCUUCAUCCCAUACCUUAUUUUCCUCUUCACCUGUGGAAUACCUGUGUUCUUCCUGGAGACCGCUCUCGGUCAGUACACUAGUCAGGGUGGAAUCACAUGCUGGAGGAAGAUCUGCCCCCUUCUAGAAGGAGUUGGAUAUGCCACGCAGGUCAUUGUGGCACUGCUGAAUUUCUACUACAUCAUUGUUUUGGCCUGGGGAGUGUUCUACCUCAGGUACUCCUUCUCUUGGGAUUUGCCUUGGGCCUCCUGCAACAACACAUGGAAUACAGACUCUUGCGUUGAGUUCCAGAGGAGGAAUGAUUCUAUUGACCAAAGUCACUUGGAGAAUGCUACUUCGCCAGUCAUCGAAUUUUGGGAGAGGAGGGUUCUGAGGAUCUCCUCUGGGAUUGACCACAUCGGUGAAGUCCACUGGGACCUGGCCCUGUGUCUUCUCAUUGCCUGGGUCAUGUGCUACUUCUGCAUUUGGAAGGGUGUGAAAUCCACUGGCAAGGUGGUGUAUUUCACGGCAACAUUCCCCUAUGUCAUGCUGUUGAUCCUGCUUAUUCGGGGUGUAACCCUGCCAGGGGCCUACAGAGGGAUUCAGUUUUAUCUCUAUCCAGACCUGGGACGCCUGAGUGACCCACAGGUGUGGAUGGAUGCAGGGACGCAAAUCUUCUUCUCCUUUGCCAUCUGUUUAGGAUGCCUAACAGCACUUGGCAGUUACAACAAGUAUAACAACAAUUGCUACAGGGACUGUCUGGCUUUAUGCUUUCUCAAUAGUGGAACCAGUUUUAUAGCUGGCUUUGCUAUCUUCUCCAUACUGGGUUUCAUGUCAUAUGAACAGAAUGUGCCCAUUUCAGAAGUGGCAGAAUCAGGUCCUGGUCUGGCCUUCAUUGCAUACCCACGGGCUGUUUCUAUGAUGCCCUUCUCCCCUGUUUGGGCAUGUUUCUUUUUCAUCAUGAUUGUACUGCUGGGACUGGACAGUCAGUUUGUCUGUGUGGAGAGUUUGGUGACCUCAGUGGUGGACAUGUACCCCUCUGUGUUCCGUCGUAAGAAUCGGAGGGAGCUCUUCAUCCUUGGAGUAUCUAUUGUGUCCUACAUGGUUGGCCUGAUCAUGCUCACCGAGGGUGGAAUGUAUGUAUUCCAACUCUUUGAUUAUUAUGCAGCCAGUGGGAUGUGCCUUCUGUUUGUGGCUAUUUUUGAGACAGUCUGCAUUGCAUGGAUAUAUGGUGCUGAUCGUUUCUAUGACAACAUUGAGGACAUGAUUGGGUACCGACCGGGGGCUGUUAUUAAGUACUGCUGGAUGUUCUUCACUCCUGCUACCUGCUUUGGCACAUUCGCAUUCUCCCUGAUUAAGUACACUCCUCUCAAAUACAACAAUGAGUAUGUGUACCCAUGGUGGGGAUAUUCCCUGGGCUGGCUAUUGGCACUCUCCUCUAUGGUCUGCAUCCCUCUGUGGGUGGCCUACAAACUGUACAUCACCAAAGGAACACUGAAGGAGCGUUUGUACCAUCUCACCAGACCCUGCCCAGAUUUGCCCAAGACCAAGCGGGACCAGCAAAAGCUGCUGGCAAUCUUCCCUGCAGAUUCCGACAGCUUCCCCCAGAAAAGCACCCCCACUAAAGAUGGCUACCUCCCAGUGAGUGAAAAGGAGUCCCACUGUUAGGAUCCAGCUAUUCCGUCUUGAUCCUCCUAACCCCAAGAUCUACAGCAGCUCAAUACCUCAUCCAGUGCAAGGCAGCCAAAUAUAUACCAGCACAAGGAGGGCAUCCCCCCUUCCCUGUGAAGUCUUCUGUGGACAGCAUGGAUAAAGGUUGCUUUGGGGCGACUUUGUAAACAGAAUAAUAAUCUCAUUCUGCCACGUCUAUUUGGUGUGAGAUGUGUGUGUGUGUGUGUGUGUGUGUGUGUGUGUGUGCGUGUGCGUGUGCGUGUGCGUGUGCGUGCGCGUGUGUGUGUGUGUGUGUGGUUGGCCCUUUGUUGACUGGUGACAGAGAGAAGCACAGAGUUUACUGACACUGAUGUAUAUAGGGAUGGUUCCGUCCAUGUGACCAUAUCUGCUUUCUAAGGAAGCAUGUAUGUCUGUUAUUGCAUACAAUUUCUCAAAAGGCAGUUUUUGUACACAAAAGUGUUCUUACUAUAGGGUCUUUUUUAUAUAUAUAUAUAUUUGUAUUGGUUUUCUUAUGCACAUAAAUUUACAAAAGGUUCAUCAUUAAGCCUGAAAAAAUAUAUGUUGGGAUAUUGCUGUUGUUGUGUUGAUAUUUUUUCUUGAUGACAUAUUUGUUAACAGUAUUAAUCAUUUUGAUUUUAAGACCUGGGCCCUGUUUUAACAAUCCAAAACUGGAGCAUGGUCUGAAGUUUAUGGUUCAAGUGCAUUUAGAGCAUGCCCAGUCCACUUUGGUUAGUUUGACAGCAGAAUGAGACUUUGGGCGCAAGGUUCAAAAGGGCUGUUCUCAUAUUUCUUAAUAGGCUACGUACAGGUAAGGGCUCUCUGUGUGCUUGUUUGUUUCCGGGUGUGGGUGAACCUGACACUAUUGUUAAUGUGACAAGAUGCACCGCAUAGCGGUGCACAAUAUGACCGCCGCUCAGUUCUGCACAUUCACUCCAAAAGAAAUAAAUGAUGCGU